AUGGCGACGAGGAGAAAUGUACGGUACGCUCAGCUUCCAGGGGACGAAGACGAUGAGGAUUAUGCAAACGGUGGUGGAAGGAGAGAUUACGAUCCUAGAUUUGAUUAUACACCGAAAGCAUUUGAUAGAGUUCCGUGGAAAUCGAUAGCAUUAGCUUUGUUUCUUCUCUUCCUUGGUUGUUUGCUUCUUCUUUUGACGGUUUUUAUAUUUACUGGUCACAUGGAAGGAGAUAGCUCUCAGGGUUACGCGCUUCUUGUGCUUGGGAUCCUUACUUUCCUCCCUGGGUUCUAUGAGACACGGAUUGCUUACUAUUCAUGGAGAGGAGCUGAAGGGUACCGAUUUGCAGCUAUUCCCUCUUACUGA